AAAGUCAGUAGAGUAGAGUAGUUCCUAAAAUAUUGGGUCCUACCCCACAACAACUAAUUAAAAAUACUGUUAUUAUAUAUUAAUUAUACAUGUAGACAACCUUACAUUUACAUAUUGUUUUCAAUCUGCAAAUUCCAAACAUCCCUUCUUCCUCUUGUUUCUCCUGCAAAGAUUUUUCCAAUCAUGAUUAUUUUCCUUUGAUCUUGCUGGAAAAAUCAACGUAGGAGAUUGAAAUUAUAUAAACAAACCAAUAAAAAAAUAGAAAAAAUUUUGAAAAAAAGAAAUUAAGAUUAAUUAUCGUUAAUUAUGUGUCCUUUAAGAUUCAUUUUGGUAUUUUUUUCUGCAAUUUUGGCUGGGUUUUUGGCAUGGAGAUCAUUUCGUUCAUCACCUGAGCUUGAUAUCGUCAUUUCUGAUGAUGGAAAAACUUCAUCAUCAUCAUCAUCAAUUGAUCAUAAGCAAGAAAGAAGCUUUAAAAUGAUAAUCCAAGAUGGUUUCUGGGUAUUUGUUGAUAUGGCUAGCGGAAGAUAUUUAUGGAGAAAUUUUAAGGGGAUGAACAUGAAAACAAUGGAAAAAACAAAGAGCUGUUAACAAUUCUGGAAGAAAAAGUUUCAAGUUUCAACAUUGUUUUUUAUUAUUAUGAUGUUACAACUUACAUGGUUGGCUGAAAAAAUGUAAGAAUCAUUUGAGAAUCGAAUCAUAACCAAUUGUUCAACGAAUUUAGUUUGAAUAAAAAUUACUGAGGUGUAAAUUCUGUUUAGAGAUUGCUCUCUCAAAUCUCAAUCUUGUAAACAUAGCUAUUUCUCUCUCUGGGUUUUUUCGUGGAUCUUCAUCAACUGUUUUAGCAUUUCUCUCCAUCUUACUUCAUCAGUUCUUUCAAUUUACAUUGUGAUUCUUCAUAUUUAAGUUCGUAAGUACUCGUUUUUGUUUUUGAUUCAUUAAAUUUUUUUUAGGGUUUUUUUUAUCGUUCGAGAUUAUGUUUGUAUUGAUAGAUUUUUUAGUUCAUCAAAAUUUUAGGGCUUCUAAUUAAAUUUUAGGUUUAUUCGAAAUUUAUGGAUUUUUUAGUUAGAAUUUUGCAUUUUUGGAGAUCUACCUUUUGGAUUAUUUGGCAUUGAGAAAAUUUGAUUUGUUCCUCAUUUUUUCUUCUCUUUUUUUUUUUUUUUUAAUCUGAUUUGUUUCUUGAAUACUAUUAUAUUUUAGAUUUUGUUGUUGAUUUUUUUCAGGUUUUUUUCAAACUUCCUAUUUUACGGUUAUUGCUUUUAUGAAGGUUCUAUUAAUUUACUUUUGAUUGAUAUUUUAUUUCUUGGUUUUUAAAGUUUUAUGCUUGAUUUUUCUAUUGGUUUUAUUUAGAGGAAAGAUUUUCUCAAUUUCACCAUUUUCACAUUACUAAAGAAGAUAAUGAAGGUAAGUUAGGGUUUUAUGAUUAUAGUGUUGAUUGUGUUUUUAUUAUUGAUGUUUGGGUGUAGAUUUUUGUGUGCUUAUUUUUGUUGUGUUCUAUGAUGGUUGAUUUGAUGCAGAGUGUGUAUUGGUCUCAUUGUUUCUUACUAAUUAUCAAGUUAUUUUAUGGCAUUGUCAAUAUUAUAUGUCAUAUCACUCAUAGUGACUUUGUUUUCCCUUAUAGUGAUCUUUCUAUGACUCAUUAAGCCUAUAAGCUCAAUUCGUAGAGCUCUCUAAUCUUUUUUGUAUGGAGGAUGUAGGUUCAAAUCCUACAUAGGCUAUUAUUUGUAUUUUGUAAAAAUAAUAUGACAAAUUGUGGUGAUAUUAUUGAACAUGUUUUUCAAACAUAUUAAUUAUGUAUAUUUACCGUCUUCUCUUUUGUAAUUGCAAAAAACAUUGUUGAAUUAAUGAUAUACUUUGUUCUUAGAUGAUCUUGUAAAAGCUAAUGAGAUACUAUGUUCUUAUAAAAACAUAUUAUGUUAUGAUUAAAGGUUAUUAUGAUUAUGUAUAGUUAUUGUAUUUUCUUUUUGUAAUUGUGAAAAAACUUUGCUGAGUUAGUGAUAUACUAUGUUCUUAGGAUGAUCUUGUAAAAGUUAAUGAGAUACUAUGUUCUUAGAAUAAAAUACUAUAUUAUGAUUAAAAGUUACUAUGAUUAUAUAUAGUUAUUGUCUUCUCUUUUGUAAUUAUGAAAAAACUUUGCCAAGUUAAUGAUAUAUUACGUUCUUAGAUGAUCUUAUAAAAGUUAAUGUGAUACUAUGUUCUUAGAAAAAGAUAAUAUGUCAUGAUUAAAGGUUACUAUGAUUAUGUAUAGUUACUGUCUUAUCUUUUUGUAAUUGUAAAAAAACGUUGAUGA